CACCUGACUUGGUGGCACUGCGUGGAUGUCAUCGAAAGUUCUCCCAGGAGCCUCUGGAUCAAUGGGGAACGGUGUAUGGUCGCAGGAGAGCCGCUGCUGAGAUGGAGGCCCUGCUGCCCGGUCUCUCCCUGCUUCUGGUCCUGCUGGCAGCGGGAUGGGGAAAUGGGGUGGGCGCAGCCUGGGCGGUGUCUCCUGGUGGCUGCAAGCAUGUGCAGAGCACCGCAGACUGCACUGGGAGAUGGCUGAGCUCUGUCCCAGGAAAUCUUCAAGGUGAUAUCGAAGAGCUGUUGCUCAAUGACAACACUAUCCAGGUCCUGGGCCAUGCCUCUCUGCUCCCGUACCCCCAGCUGAAGCAUCUCAGCUUGUCCAAGAACCGACUGAAGCUCAUCGAGCCUGGUGCCUUCCUGGGCAGCCAAGGCCUCCACGUGCUCUCCUUGGCAGACAACCUCCUCUUCACCAACUACUCGCAGACAGCAGCUGCUCUUUCUGCUUUGCCAGCCUUGCGGACACUUGAUCUAUCUGGAAACUGCCUCACUGAGGACAUGUUAUCGGUUUUGCUCCUGAAUCUGCCAUCCUUGGAGUCCUUGUCAGUGGCCAGGAACAUUAUCAUGAGGCUGGACUCGUCUGUCUUCACCAACUUGACGCAGCUUUUGGAGCUGAACCUGGAGAAGAACUACAUCUUUGAGAUUGACCAAGCUUUUGAAGGGCUGCAGAAGCUGCAGAGGCUCAACAUUGCUUAUAACUACAUGCCAUGCAUAGUGGACUUCGGCCUGACCCAGCUCAAGGUGCUCAAUGUCAGCCACAACAUUAUCGAGUGGUUUCUGGCCUUUGAAAGUGAUGAUCUCUUUGAACUGGAGGUGCUGGACCUGUCCCACAACCGGCUCCUAUUUUUCCCUGUGCUGCCCCGGCAGAGUAAGCUGCACUCCUUGCUGCUGAAGGACAAUGAGAUGAGCUUUUAUCAGCGUCUUCCCAACGGCACUUCCCUCGCCGAUGUCACCGUGCAGUUCCUGAUCAUUGAUGGCAACUCCACCAACAUUACCACGGUCAACCUCUGGGACGAGGUCUGCUACAGCAACCUCUCCUCCCUGCGCCUCCUGGACAUGAGCCAGAACCAGUUCUGGUACCUGCCGGAGGGCUUCCUGGCCAAGAUGCCCUCCCUGACCCACCUGAAGCUCAACCAGAACUGCCUGGAGACAUUCCGCCUGUCAGAGGAGGACCCCUUGGCCAUGCUGACGGACCUUGACCUCAGCCAGAACCAGCUUGUGGAGCUGCAGGUGGGUGCUGGGGCCAUCCUGCCCAGCCUGCAGCUCUUCAACCUCAGCACCAACAGGCUGCGGGUGCUUCCUGCUGAAGUCUUCACCUACACCGGGAAGAUCACUACAGUUGACCUCAGCCGCAACCGGCUUGACCUGUGUCCCCAGCAGGCUGUUGCAAGCGAGGUGGAGAGUCCUCCCUGUGUGGACAUCAGGGGAAUCGAGACCUUGAAUCGCCUCUACUUGGCUGGCUGUGGUUUGCGGGGACUGGACGGCCAGCCCUUCCGAGGGACAUCACUGACACACCUGGACCUCUCUCACAACCAGCAGGCCCUGUCUGGGGACCCGGGGUGGCUUCAAGACCUUGCUGCCACGCUACGGGUUUUGUCCCUCCGGAACACCAGCUUCUCCUCCUCUGUGGUGGACUUCUCUGCCUUACAGAGCCUCGUGGCCUUGGACUUGUCAGGGAAUUCACUGACCACACUUCCCAGGACUCUGAGCGCAGUCAAGCUGCACAGCCUCGACCUCCGGGACAACUGCCUCCCGGCUCUACCCACGGACGUGGCACGGAUGCCCCUGGUGAGGAGCCUGCAGGAGCUCUACCUCAGCCGCAACCCCUACAACUGCUGCACGCUGGGCUGGUGGGAGUCCCUGCAGCGCGUGGAGCAGCUGCGUGUCCCCGACGGGCGUGAGGUGACCUGCAGCUAUGACUCCAGGACGCUGAGCGCCCGGGCGCUGCCCGAGACUGUCCUGCGGGCCUGCCGCUGGAAGGUGGCCAACCUGGCCCUCCUCUACCUGGUGCUCGCCCUGCCCACCUGCCUGACGCUCCUGGUGGCUUUCGCUGUGGUCUUCCUCAUGCUCAAGCAAAAGCUGCUAAAAAUGUUGAAGAGCCGAUGCGGGGCAUCCAGCCCUUACUGAUGGAUGGGGACGAGGAGGAGAAAGGGCCAGUGGCACUCGGGAUGGUGAGCAUAGGCGAGACCUCGGCCAUGAGACAGAGCGGCUGAGAAGCAGCGUUUUGGUGCUGCUGCUCUGGGCACGUCCUCGCCCCUAGGCUACCCGUCGGGGAAGUGCUUUCCUCCAUAUAGGGUGGUUGCUUUUAUUUAUUGGCCCUGCCACAGCUGCCCUUCACGUGUGCCCACAGGACGUGCCCAGGGGCCAAUGCACCACCCUGGCACAUGUCUGCAUGGCACUGGCACUGCUGAAGCCUCUGGUCGACUCCUGGUG